UGGAGGAGGAACUAGCUUUAAAAGUUACUAAUUUCUAAAAGCAUUUAGGCUGUGUAAUACUGGAAAAUAAUCAAAGAAAAAAAUCUAAACUUAUGCUGCUUUUCAGCGGAUCCCUGGCUGAAGUGUGGGUUAAAAACUGCCCCAGAAGUCAGUGCCACAGUGAAUUAGGAUGAUGUUGGCUGGUGCUUCUUCAGCUGUGAACUAACUCCCUUGGCAAAACACCCCAUAGGCAAUUAUAUGGAGCUAGCAAGAUGAAUAAAAAUAAACUUAUUCAUGAUUUUCUGGAAGUCAUUUCAAAAGGUGAUGUGGAGCUCAUCUGUGAUCAUAUUACUAAUGUCCAUUCCAUUCUCGGAAACCUUGACUUUCAGCACCCAGAGACUGGGAAUACACCCCUCAUUACUGCAGCAGAAGAAAAUCUAACAGAGGUUGUUGGGUUUCUUCUGGAAAAGGGUGCAGAUGUCACCCUCUGCAAUUACAGCAACCUGACCGCGGUGCACGUGGCUCGUUGUGACAUCCAAAGGCAGCUCCUGGCUACCAAUGGAGUCCAGGCUCCUCAAAGGCAGCUUCUACAGAGUUCAUGGCAAGGUGAUCUCCAACAACUUCAGCACUUACUGGCAUCUGAAGAGUUCCUGGACAUAAAUUUCCCAAACCAACAUGGCUUGACCCCUCUGAUGCUGGCUGUGAGAGAUGUGGACCUGUUUGAGAGUCUUGAUAUGUUAACAGCAUACAGACCUGCGGAGGUUCUAUCCGAGCUCCUCAGGCACCAUGCAGAUCCCAAACUCUGCGAUUUUAGUGGAAAAUCAGCAAUACAUUAUGUGUCACAAAUAGAGAGUUUGAGGAAACAGCAGUUAUUGGACAUUCUAAUGAAUUCUAUGCCAAAACCAGAAACACAUGCUGAAUCAUUGCUUGACAUUUGUCAUGAUACAAACUCUUCUCCAACGGAUGUAAUGACAGUCACCAAAACUCAAAACAUAAUCUUGCAAAGCAUCAGUGACAGUGAGGGCUCUGACCUAGAUGAGAACCGCAGUCAUUCCACGUUUGUUAGUGAAGAAGGAGACCCUGGUGGUGAGCUACAAGGCUGGCAGCCCAGAACAGAAGGUGUUGAGAUUUUUGUGACUUUUCCAAGAGAGGUCAUUCAUCCCCAAGAAAGGAGCCAAGAUUUCGAAGAAAACAAGGAAGUGGACAGCACAGACCCGAGGACAGGCACGCUGGCCAUGCCGCCUCUGCUUCUGAAGGAAGAGCAAGGCUCCCAUGAGCUCAGCCGUGCAAACUUGGGCUUCCUAUUGCCAAGACCUUGCUCAGAACCAAACAUCUCCACGUCCGUCAUCCCAGAAGAGGCCCCUCAUCUUCUGAAAGGGCAGCAGAGAAAAUCUGAAGAAUUUUCUACAUCUGAUCCAAAGUACAGUAGCUGCAGAAUUGAGUUCCCUCUGCCACCAUUGUCACUGUUGCCCAUGAGAUCGGGUGUCUUGACCAUUCCCCCAAAUUACAAAUUUCCAAAGGAGAGACAAAGAAAUAUUCCAAGUCAAACAUCCUUCAUUCGUAAGCUCUCAGAGCCCGUUAGUCAAUCUGAUGCGUUUAGUCCAUCAAACAAGCAGCAGGAAGCCCCAGUGAAGGUGUUGGUGGAUCAGACUCUCAGGUCUUCUGAUCACUCCAUUUGGUCAAGAAAUAUGUGCUCUUUCCGCAAGGCUAGCCAUCACAGACAAGACCUGGAGAGGGAGACGAGCUGGCAAUCCAAGGAAGUAGACGGAUGGGACAACGCUGGAAUCUCUGACUUUGAGAAAGGGCAUUCUUUGGUGGCCUUUGAGAAUUGUAAGGAAGAUAAUAUUCCUACAGAUACAGAAGGGAAUAUUGACCAUGGUAGUGAAAAGACAAAAGCAGAAGAGAAUUGUAAAUAUCUUUCGUCAGGAAAGGAAGAGAGCUCAGGAGUCAGAAACUGUGAACAAAAUUCAGAAAUUGUAUGUACCAUUCCAAGGAAGCUCCCAGAAGCCCAGCACUCAGGAAUAACUCCUAACCAGGGUGAAGAGAUUAGAAAUGGAAAAUCUGAUUCAAAAAGCACUUCAUUAUGUGAAGGUGAAGCAAUGGAAUCCAAUGACAGUUUAGAAGAACUUACUGUACUUAAAGGCUUGACCAAUGUAGCCUCUGAUGACCCCACUGGGAGAGUCCCAGAAGGUCAUGAUGGUGUGCAGACAAACAUAAAAAUAUCAACAGCAGGAGAAACCAAACUAGAAGUGAAUGGUAUGGUGCCUGUUAUCCCAAUCACUUUCCCAGGAGGUAGAACCCCCAAGGAACCAGCUAUAGCCAAACCAAGGCUCCAAAAAAGAAAGGGCCCCAUUCAUAGCAACAACUUUAACAUGCUUGCACACCCAGAAAAUGACAAGCAUAAGGUGAAUAUGCAUAGGAAUAAAUUGGAGUCAAAGACCAAAACAAGUAACAGGACACCUCACAAUUUCAUGAUUUCCAUUGAAGAUUCGAUUAAGACCACCACUCAUAAAGCCAGCAUAAAACCUCACGUUUUCCCUGCUUUGAGACUUGUUGACCCUAGGCCUCAGCAACUGCCUAGAUUUCAAAGGAUUACGCCACAGAUAGAAAAGAAAGAAUCAAUUCACUGGACCCAGAAACCUACAAAGCAGUCAUUUCCUUGCAUCUGUAAAAAUCCAAGGAUAAAAAAAUCACAAGUUCCUCUCUCUGUUCAACCAACAGAACCGAGACUGAAUUACCUAGAUCUUAAGUACAGCGACAUGUUCAAAGAAAUCAACUCAGCUGCUGAUGGACCAGGAAUCUAUGAGAUGUUUGGGACCCCUGUUUACUGUCACAUCAGAGAAGCUGAACGGCAUGAAAACAAGUAUUACCGUGAGAUAUGCUCAGCUCCAUCUGGCAGAUCUACCACCAGUAAAUGCCGGUCUUCACACAAUGAGAGGAGCAGCAAUAGCAGAACAAGACUUGCCCAGAGAAGACCACAUACCCAACCCCCAAAGGCUUCCCUUGGCAUUAAACCAAAGCACAAAGUUUUAAUUUCUAAAGAAAAGGGCUGCAGGGCUGUAGGUAGCAACCUCCGAGACACUGAAGAUGGUGCUGCUACUUCAGAACCAGAUCGGCAGACAAAAUCAUCAGGAAAUGACUUUCUAUCUGCCCAAGAUGAAGUUCAGCCCACGAACUUGGCUCAGACUCCUGAGAAUUCCACUGAGCAGAAUGAAUUCCUUCCUGGCUCAGAUUUAUCCCCUGUUGAAGAAGUCUCCGUAGAAGAGUCUACUAAUGGAGAUUUUUCUAGCAAUCAAAUACUCACCAUGAGCCUUAGAGAUCUGCAAGAGCUUGAAGGGCUGCACCAGCAGACCGCGUUUGUCCCCUCAGAAAACAGCUGGGCAGUGCCCAGUGAGAAGGGUUCUAACAAACACAUAUUGCAAGAAAAGCAGACUACGGCAACUCUUGGUAAAAUAAAUGCCAGCCAAAUGUUAGCUGAUGAUCUGGAGUUUGACAGCAUUUCAGAUGACUCUAAAAUGUUUAUGAGUUUCUCUUUCCAAGAGAAACAGGAAAAGUCCUCUUCCCCAACAUACCAACAUUGGACACAUCCAGCGGAUCAUGAUAGUUUUGCAAAUAAGUCAAUCACAUAUCAGACAUUUGGAGAAACUUUAGGCGUUGCAAAUUCAAUUUCCCCAGAAAGUCUGGACUCAGUAAAGAAUGAAGAAUUGACAGAUGAGCUUUUGGGUUGCCUAGCUGCAGAACUGUUAGCUCUUGAUGAGAAAGACAACAGCUCUUGUCAAAUGAUGGCAAAUGAAACAGAUGCUGAGAACCUCAGUCUUGACCUUGGUGGGAGAGGACACAGCCACAGCAUCAAAGAACUGGGCACAGACACAACAAAUGUCAAAACACAGACAUACAGCAAUGGGUUCAGGAUACAUGGCAGAGAGGAGCAAUUUCUCAAUGCAAAUGAAAAGAAGACAUAUCCUGAGACUAGUUCAAAGAAUGAAGACUCUAUCCUGUGGACCAAGGGUGAGAUCCUUGGGAAGGGAGCCUACGGCACAGUAUACUGUGGUCUCACUAGCCAAGGGCAGCUAAUAGCUGUAAAACAGGUGGCUCUGGAUACCUCUGAUAAAUCAGCUACUGAAAAAGAGUACCGGAAACUUCAGGAAGAAGUAGAGCUUCUGAAAGCACUGAAACAUGUCAACAUUGUGGCCUAUCUGGGGACGCGCUUGGAAGAGAACACUGUAAGCAUUUUCAUGGAGUUUGUCCCUGGUGGCUCAAUCUCGAGUAUUAUAAACCGCUUCGGGCCAUUGCCGGAGAUGGUGUUCUGUAAGUAUACAAAACAAAUUCUGCAAGGCGUUGCUUAUCUCCAUGAGAACUGUGUGGUGCAUCGCGACAUCAAAGGGAAUAAUGUUAUGCUCAUGCCAACGGGAAUCAUAAAGCUGAUUGAUUUUGGCUGUGCCAAGCGUUUGGCCUGGGCAGGCCUAAACGGCACCCACAGUGACAUGCUUAAGUCCAUGCACGGGACUCCAUACUGGAUGGCCCCAGAAGUCAUCAGUGAGUCUGGCUACGGAAGGAAAUCGGAUAUCUGGAGCAUUGGGUGCACUGUGUUUGAGAUGGCCACGGGAAAGCCCCCGCUGGCUUCCAUGGACAGGAUGGCAGCCCUGUUUUACAUAGGAGCUCAUAGAGGGCUGAUGCCUUCCCUGCCAGACCACUUCUCAGAAAACGCAGCUGACUUCGUGCGCAUGUGCCUAACCAGGGACCAGCAUGAGCGACCCUCAGCUCUCCAGCUCCUGAGCCACCCCUUCCUGAAGAGAAGCCACUGAACAUCCAUCCGGACCGUCUUCCCAGUUCCGCCGUAGAUGCUCUGUUAUUGCUUCACUGCGGGGAGUGACGGUUAAGGGACCUUUGUUUGCCCACCGGGAAUUCAAACUAACCCAACUUAACCAGAUCCUGCGGCGUCACUAACUCGGUUUCGUGCUAGCUUCCAGAAGCCUUGGGUGUAAUUACCCAUGUGCAUGAGAAGAAAAUUUUCUUUAAAACAGGGAAAUUUAUUCCAGUGUUUACACUAGUCUCUCUUGCUUUAUACUUUUCCUUUUAUUUUUGGCCAAUUUCAAUGUCAUGAGUUUAAAAUAAAUUGUAAAACAC